CCAAUAAUAACAUGCUGUUAUUAUUCUACCUAUGAAAAAAAAAAAUGUAAACUCCUUCCCUCCACUACCUCCCUGGCCUCUAUCCUCCACUACCUCCCUGGCCUCCUCCCUCCACUACCUCCCUGGCCUCCUCCCUCCACUACCUCCCUGGCCUCUUCCCUCCACUACCUCCCUGGCCUCUUCCCUCCACUACCUCCCUGGUCUCCUCCCUCCACUACCUCCCUGGCCUCCUCCCUCCACUACCUCCCUGGCCUCCUCCCUCCACUACCUCCCUGGCCUCCUCCCUCCACUACCUCCCUGGUCUCCUCCCUCCACUACCUCCCUGGUCUCCUCCCUCCACUACCUCCCUGGUCUCCUCCCUCCACUACCUCCCUGGCCUCUUCCCUCCACUACCUCCCUGGCCUCUUCCCUCCACUACCUCCCUGGCCUCCUCCCUCCACUACCUCCCUGGCCUCGUCCCUCCACUACCUCCCUGGCCUCCUCCCUCCACUACCUCCCUGGCCUCCUCCCUCCACUACCUCCCUGGCCUCCUCCCUCCACCUCCUCCCUGGCCUCCUCCCUGGCCUCGUCCCUCCACUACCUCCCUGGCCUCGUCCCUCCACUACCUCCCUGGCCUCGUCCCUCCACUACCUCCCUGGCCUCGUCCCUCCACUACCUCCCUGGCCUCGUCCCUCCACAACCUCCCUGGCCUCCUCCCUGGCCUCUUCCCUCCACUACCUCCCUGGCCUCGUCCCUCCACUACCUCUCUGGCCUCCUCCCUCCAUUCUGUCCUAUGUACAGUGCAUUCAAAAAGUAUUCACCUCCUUGACUUUUUGAACAAAAAACAAUUACGUUACAGCAUUUUUCUAAAAAUUGAUUAAGUGUCAUUUUUUACUUUUCAAUCUCCACAAUACCCCAUAAUGACAAAGGGUCAACAGGUUUAGAAAUUGAGCUCUAGUACAUUCUGUUUUCAAUGAUCCUUGAUGUUGGAUGUUGACAGUGCGUGUCAGAGCAAAAACCAAGCCAUGAGUUGGAAGGAAUUGUCCAUUGAGCUCCGAGACAGGAUUGUGUCGAGGCACCGAUCUGUGGAAGGGUACUAAAAAAUGUCUACAGCAUUAAAGGUCCCCGAGAACACAGUGGCCUCCAUCAUUCUUAAAUGGAAAAAGUUUGGAACCACCAAGACUCUUCCUAGAGCUGCUGCCCGGCCAAACUGAGCAAUCGGGGGAGAAGCACUCCACCAAUCAGGCCUCUAUUGUAGAGUGGCCAGACGAAAUCCACUCCUCAGUAAAAGGCACAGCCCACUUGGAGUUUGCCAAAAGGCACCUAAAGGACUCAGACCAUGAGAAACAAGAUUCUCUGGUUUGAUGAAACCAAGAUUGAACUCCUUUGCCUGAAUGCCAAGUGUCCCUUCUGGAGGAAACAUGGCAGCAUCCCUACGGUGAGGUGUGGUGGUGGCAGCAUCCCUACAGGGAAUCACGGUGGUGGCAGCAUCCCUAUGGUGAGGUGUGGUGGUGGCAGCAUCCCUACGGUGAGGCGUGGUGGUGGCAGCAUCCCUACGGUGAGGCGUGGUGGUGGCAGCAUCCCUACGGUGAGGUGUGGUGGUUGCAGCAUCCCUACGGUGAGGUGUGGUGGUUGCAGCAUCCCUACGGUGAGGUGUGGUGGUUGCAGCAUCCCUACGGUGAGGUAUGGUGGUGGCAGCAUCCCUACGGUGAGGUGUGGUGGUUGCAGCAUCCCUACGGUGAGGUGUGGUGGUUGCAGCAUCCCUACGGUGAGGUGUGGUGGUGGCAGCAUCCCUACGGUGAGGUGUGGUGGUGGCAGCAUCCCUACGGUGAGGUGUGGUGGUGGCAGCAUCCCUACGGUGAGGUGUGGUGGUGGCAGCAUCCCUACGGUGAGAUGUGGUGGUGGCAGCAUCCCUACGGUGAGGUGUGGUGGUUGCAGCAUCCCUACGGUGAGGUGUGGUGGUUGCAGCAUCCCUACGGUGAGGUGUGGUGGUGGCAGCAUCCCUACGGUGAGGUGUGGUGGUGGCAGCAUCCCUACGGUGAGGUGUGGUGGUGGCAGCAUCCCUACGGUGAGGUGUGGUGGUGGCAGCAUCCCUACGGUGAGGUGUGGUGGUUGCAGCAUCCCUACGGUGAGGUGUGGUGGUUGCAGCAUCCCUACGGUGAGGUGUGGUGGUGGCAGCAUCCCUACGGUGAGGUGUGGUGGUGGCAGCAUCCCUACAGGGAAUCACGGUGGUGGCAGCUUCCCUACAAGGAAGCAUGGUGGUGGCAGCAUCAUGCUGUGGGGAUGUUUUUCAGCGGCAGGGACGGGCAAACUUGAGGCUGUAAUCGCUGCCAAAGGUGCUUCAACAAAGUACUGAGUAAAGGGUCUGAAUUCUUAUGUAAAUGUGAUAUUUCAGUAUUUUCUUUGUAAUACAUUUGAAAAGAAUAAGGCUGUAAUGUAGCAAAAUGUAGGAAAAGUCAAAGGGUCUGAAUACAAAUGCACUGCAAUUAGACCACUCUAACACAUCUCUCCAUCUCCCUCCCACCGAUUAAUGUGAUAAACUGUCUGCAUCUGUUCUGUUCACCAGAAAGGUUCUCAUUUCCUAAGGUAUUAAAUGGUUACCUCUACCUAUACUGUCUGUCUGUUGGUCUAACCCGUGUUUAU